UGCAGAAAGAGCACUCGGUCAUUUCAACUAGGAGAGGAGCCGGAUGAGUUCUCUUAACAGGAUGUUAUCACUAACUUAAUAUUAGCUCAUGUUAUGUACAACUGAAUGUAGUGGUAACAUUAAAGACUUAAAAAAUGCGGGUACAGCGGUUGUAAGAGCGAUUCCGCUGUGGUUUAGCCUAGCACGAGCUGACCUGCUGAACUGGACCAGUCAAGACUUGUUAUAUAAGAUAUUAAGUGAAGCUAAGUUGAGUUUUUAUAAGUAAAGGUUUGCUUCCGCAUCCAGACAUGGAGUCACUUGGAGGCGUUGCCACCGUUCUUGGAUGCUCUGCGGGCUUUGCGAUGGGUGUCCUUGUGUUUUCAGCCUACAAACUUGGCUUACUGUACCAGUUGUUUCACAAGACCGAGACGCAGAGCCCGCGGCAUGGUGGUGAGAGUGUGGCGGCGGUGCUCCGCGCCCACGGGGUCAAGUACCUCUUCACACUUGUCGGCGGGCACAUCUCGCCCAUCCUGGUGGCUUGCGAGAAGGUGGGCAUCCGCAUUGUGGACACUAGACAUGAGGCCACUGCUGUCUUCGCUGCUGACGCUGUGGCGAGACUCUCAGGCACUGUUGGUGUAGCAGUAGUGACCGCUGGUCCAGGCCUCACGAACACAGUGACCGCAGUGAAGAAUGCUCAGAUGGCAGAAUCUCCAUUGCUGCUCAUGGGAGGAGCUGCUGGCACACUACUUCAGGGCAGAGGAGCGCUGCAAGAUAUCGACCAGAUGUCUCUCUUCAAGCCGCUGUGCAAGUUCUGUGCCUCCAUCAGGACCAUCAGGGAGAUCGUGCCUACCGUCAGGAAAGCCAUGGCCAUCGCCCAGUCGGGAACUCCCGGUCCGGUUUUCAUCGAGUUCCCCAUCGACACGCUCUAUCCAUACCAUCUUGUGUCCAAAGAGUUUGGAGUUAAGAACCCUCCGAAAGGCCUGAUGGGCAAAGUUAUCUCAUGGUACCUCAAUAACCACCUCAUGAACCUCUUUGCCGGAGCCUGGGAGACCAGAGAUGUGUCUCCGCUUCCUGUUGACAUCCCACGAGCCACAGACGAUCAGGUUCAAAAGUGCAUAGAGCUGGUGAGUCGAGCCAAGAAACCUGUUAUUCUGCUGGGUAGCCAAGCAACUCUACCCCCAACGCCGGCCGAUGACAUUCGGAAGACAUUGGAGAACCUGGGUAUUCCCUGCUUCCUUGGGGGAAUGUCCCGUGGAAUGCUGGGUAAAGACAGCCCCAUCCACAUCAGACAGAACAGGCGAGAUGCCCUGAAGGAGGCCGACUUGGUGCUCCUAGCAGGCACCGUGUGCGACUUCCGGCUGAGUUACGGCAGAGUUCUUAACAGACGCAGUAAGAUCAUCGCGAUCAACAGAGAUAAGACGCAGCUGCUGAAAAACUCUGACAUGUUCUGGAAACCAACCAUCGCCAUUCAGGGCGAUGCCGGUUCAUUCUUAGUGCGGCUUUCCAAAGGCCUGAAGGGCCAUCGCUGUCCAGAGGAAUGGCCUCGGAUGCUCAAAGCGGGAGAUGUCACCAAAGAAAACGGAAACAGGGCCAAAGCUGAUGAGAAGACCGAACACCACUUAAACCCCUUGAAGGUUCUCCACUGUGUGGAUGAGCUGAUGGCAGAGGACAGCAUCAUUGUUGCUGAUGGGGGCGAUUUUGUUGGAAGUGCCGCUUACAUCAUGAGACCACGAGGGCCCAUGCGAUGGCUAGAUCCAGGAGCCUUUGGGACCUUGGGAGUGGGAGGAGGAUUUGCCCUGGGGGCAAAACUGUGCCGGCCUGAAUCUGAGGUGUGGAUAGUGUACGGUGACGGCUCCUUAGGAUACAGUGUGGCAGAGUUUGACACAUUCACUAGACACAAGACACCAGUUAUAGCUGUGGUGGGAAACGACGCGUGUUGGAGCCAGAUAUCCAGAGAGCAGGUUCCCCUACUCGGCAGCAACGUGGCGUGCGGCCUCGCGUUUACAGAUUAUCACACAGUGGCGGACGGUUUCGGUGGUAAGGGUUACCUCGUAGGGCGCGAGGACGACGACAGGCUAAGCGACAUCAUCAGACAAGCUCAGAGGGAAACCCAGAAGGGCACGGCGACACUUCUCAACGUCCUGAUCGGGAAGACCAACUUCAGAGAGGGCUCCAUCUCUGUUUAAGGCAGCUGUGGUUUCUUUAAACUCCUCCUCUUUCUAGGCACAAGGCUCUAUGUCGGGUUUCACAGAGUAGGGAGGUCGUGCUGGAUACUGUGUAGAGCCCUGCCCUCACCACACCUAUGCUAAUCCUUAGUGCCCUUAAAGCCAUAUUGCCUCUUUGGUAAGAGGAAAUUACUUUACAGUUUGCCGAUCUCCUUUAAGAGUUAAUGAAACGUCUGUUGCAAUAUCACUUACUUCCCUCUUUGGAAUGGUCACAAAUCGAACCAGUAAGACAUCUGCAAACACCGGAGUCCCGACUGAUAUUUCAGAGUUUUUAUAAACCUGCAGGUUCGGUUAUUUACUCGUUACGUUCUACUUAAGGGAAAUACAACAGCUCCAGAUCUGCCAGCCGAGAAACCAAGUCUGUUGUUGCGCAUCGUGCAACUUCCAGGUGAAUGUUGGGACGUUUAAAGAUAAUCGAUGCAUUUUAAGAAGGGAGAGAGGGAACCGUAAGUAUCGUGCUUUGUUAAGGGAUUGUACCGAUUCAGGAGCGCUUGACCUUUAAACAGCCUAUUAUAACCGUCUCGCAAAUAAACCAGUGACUGAAAAUGAUUUGAAUCGAAUGCGACCAGUAUGCCUUUUUCUCCUGUUAUCAAAUGAACAUGAGUCUUUUUAUAAGGAAACAUGAAACCUUAGAGCUAUAAUAUUCUAUAUCACUCGAUUUGGAAUAUAAAUGUUGAAUGGAAACUAUUUUUUGAAUGUUGAAAAUUGACAAAUGGUAUGCCUUUAUUUGUUUGUGUCUUUGAAUACAUUGAUAUGUGUCGAUUGAAAAUGUGUCUGCUGAAUCAGAUAUGUAUUUGAAUUUUUAAUACUAACUUGCAUUGCUGCGGGAUAUCCUUUCAAGUACGCCAAUAAACAAUAUGUAUGCACUAUAAUUCUAAAUUAUUUACUCACAAUGUGAACAUGUGUGAAUCGUCCCACUCUAAUAUGUAUUGCCGUUUUAUUUGGGAGGAGAUAGGUCAAACUUUGAAUCCUACAAUGUUAUUUGGGGUUCGUUCUCAAAUAAAUUGAAAAGUGGGUGAUGA